ACGUACUGUCCACUUUUUUUUGACAUUUAAAAGAAGAGAGAGCAAAACCCUAAUCCAUCUUCCAAACAAACUCAUAGCCCUCCUCUAUCCUUCGUUCCCACCACCAGAUAUCUGAAAAUGCCUUUCAAGCGUUAUGUUGAGAUUGGGAGAGUUGCUCUCGUUAACUACGGUGAAGAUUAUGGUAAACUUGUAGUCAUCGUUGAUGUCAUCGAUCAAAACAGGGCUUUGGUUGAUGCCCCUGAUAUGGAGAGAAGCCAAAUGAACUUCAAAAGGCUCUCCUUGACAGAUAUCAAGAUUGACAUUGGCAGAAUCCCUAAAAAGAAGGCUUUGAUCGAUGCCAUGGAGGCUGCAGAUGUUAAGAAGAAAUGGGAGAGCAGCUCUUGGGGAAGGAAAUUAAUUGUUCAGAAGAAAAGAGCAUCCUUGAAUGACUUUGACAGGUUCAAGGUCAUGUUGGCAAAGAUCAAGAGAGGUGGAGCUAUCCGUCAGGAGCUCGCGAAGCUGAAGAAGCAAGCAGCUUAAGUUUUGGAUAUCACUUGUGAAGUCGAACAUUGUUAGGGAUAAGAAAACAAAAAUCAUCUAGUCAGUUGGUUUUGGUUAUAAAGUUAAGCGUUCUUAUGGCUGUUUAAGAUAUUUAUGAACUUGUUACAAUUGGAGUAAAAUUCUACUACAGGUUUCUUGGAUUCAUUUUAUUGAAUUUUUUGCCCAAGAUAUUUUAUUCUGUACGGUGCACUGUUUUAUUAUUA